UUUCGGAGUGGUGUCGUAAAUAUAUAUUUUGUGUUGUGAAACGUAAAAGAAGAAAAUAAUUAAAGAGAAAGGAUCUAAAGAAGAAUAUUGCAAGGACGUCGGAUGCUUCCGAACAAAUCCAAACCCGUCGACGAACCUGCUUCUGUGUCAAAUUUAAGGAUCAUCAGUCGACCGUGUGUGUGCUUAUUCUACGAGAUAUUUUGAAGUUCGGUUAAACAAUUGCAGAUAUCGGAAGGAUUUAAAAUUGUACUGAAAAGAAAAAAAAACAGAAGGAGUACCAAGAAGAAUACUUAAUAUAGUAGAAGCCACGUUACAGUAAAACGACUUCUAAACAACUUCAGCCAACUUACCUAAAGAGGGGGUGGGGGGUUUCUUUCUUAAACCUCCUUCCAAUUGGCAAGUUCAAGUAAAAAAGUGAGAAAGAGAGAGAGAGAGAGAGAAAAAAUUUGUCAAGGUUAUUGUGGUUGGUCAGGGCGGUGCCGAGGGCAAAGAUGCAAGAGUUUCGAUCCAAUUACCCUGAAGGAGCCUACUCGAAACUUUAGACGUCCUUGGGUUUGCAAUCGCUAUCAGCAGCACACAAGCAGCUUCUGGGCAAGAUGUCAAUGACAGGAAGCUUGAUGGGUUACGAGAACAAUAACGAAGUGAAUCAAGCGAAAUGCAAGAAACCGUUGAAACCACUUCCGGUGAUGUCGAGUAUAAAUGCAAGUGGUGUAACUACGACGAGUACAGGAAAGUCGUCAAAGAAAGUUCGGAUUUCGCGUAAAAAGGAAUCAACGUUUCGAGGUCACGUUAAUAGUCUUUGGUCGGUAUGGUACGGGAUAUUGGCAGUUGCAUUUCAAACUUUUAUCGCUUUGAGAUACGCCAGAAGAUUUGGCACAUAUCUCUCGUUACCAUGGCCGGCGGAUGCACCACCACCUAAAAUCGAGUUGCACGCGUGUUUGGUAUUAGCCGGUGCUGGAGUUGUUUUACUUCCGGUUUUACUUCUGGCUGCUGUUCUCAAACUUGGAAAUCUCGCCAACGAUGGAAUUAAACUAGGCCGUCAUUUGAGCGCAUGUUCGCGUGAUCCUCCUUCUUCCUUACUCACCAACAAUCCUGACAACAGCUUGGCAAAUAAUUUAUGGAGACACGGAGGACCAACGUCUGCGUUUGUACAUCUAUGUAUGGCUAUGUGCUUCCUUCUGCCGUCUCUGCUCAUGGAGGCGAGGAUGAUACACGCUGGAUUUUUGCCAAAAGAAGCGAUAUGGAGAACGGAUCUAGAUUGGAUGGUUAUUCACCGAGAUCGUCUGGUGGUGCUUAGUUUCAUGAAUCCAGCUGGUAACUUGAGCACCUUGACCGGUAUUAUAACCCCGCAGCCCUUUGUAACCGUUACGCCUGAAGAGGAAACAGAGGAGGAUCCUUGUGGAGUUGUAACCACGACGACGGUUUUGUCUCGUGUCAACGAAACCAUUGAAACACGAACGGAAGAAAGUUCUACUAAAUUUUCCACGAUACAUCAAGCUUUUCUGAAUAAUUCAAAUGUUUCACGAACUAUCGUAGCAGAUUCUACAACUAUUUUAACCAAUAGUAGUAUCACCACAACGAGUAAAACAACUUCUGGAAUACCAGAAACAACUAGCAGUACCAGUUCAACAACACCAUCACCACCACCAACUACGAGUUCGACUAAUUCGCCAAAUAAAUUUUCGGCAAUUCUUAAAAGAUCAACCGUUAAACCAAUUUUAAAAACCAAUAACAAUUCUAAAAACAGAUCUAAGGUUAAGAAUUUAACGAAAACAUCGACAACAGUUAAACCAUUGAAAACUAAUCAGACUACACCUGUUGGAAAUAUGACUGCACAAAGUAUGUCAUUGGUUAUGAACAGUCUUUCUGAUCUGGAUCAUCCAGAAAAUUUGAACCUUGAGUUACAACCAACUGAAUCCUAUGGUCCAAUCACAUUGGAAUACCUUAAUUACGCUAUUGCGCUCGGUGUUUACUCCGUACGAUAUCCUGCAGUGUUUUGGUCAUGCAACAAAGCCCUAGGCACGAUUUUCAGCGUUCAACUGGUCAUCAAUUCCGCUCAAAGCUUAUUGGCUUACGCCGGCAUGUCUGUUUUGUACAAGGUUCAAGUUGUUGGACCUUUGAAGGUUUUACCUCUUCUACGAUCUCGAACUGUAGCCACAGCAAGCACAAUUUCAACGAUCUUCGGUGAUUCAUAUUUUCUCCUUAAUCCACAUGUUACAUUAGCCCUAUUUGCCCUUUCAUCUCUCCUCGUGCUGUGUUCGAGUAUGGUCAUGUAUUUCUACGCACACGGCAGGUUAGCGGCGUUCCUGAACCAAGAACGUGAACGUCGCGUGAUCUUGUCGAAGGAUGGCCGAGAUAGUAGAGGGUGGGUUUACUUCACUCAUUGUACCGCCCUCUGCGUGUUUCUCGCGAUUGCAAUCUGUAGUGCACCAUUGCUCUACGACUACACGGUGGUCUAUCGGGGUAGCUUGGAUGGUGCGAUUCUCGCAUGUAUCAUCGGUACCGUUUUACAUUUGUUACUGUGGAUGAUUCUUUGGGUAUUCCUGACUAUAAAACAACGUUGGACAUUCAAAUUACGUGUCACGAUUGGCCGUGCUACGGUACGUUCAGCAAGAUCGGUCAAACUAGUAACCGAUGUUGAUUUAUUAUCUGCCAGAGAGGAAGAAGAUAACACAAGUGCUCCAUUACUCGUUGUUGGUAAUGGUAGAACAUAUACAAUCGCUGAUACAUCACCAAAAAAAGCAAUCAUGAGUGUUAUUCAAAAAGCUGCUAUGGAAAGGAGAGCACGUUCUCAAGGUGGAAACGUUGAUUAUGCCGAUGGGGAAUCGACAAACGACGGAGACGAACAAAUCUAUUGGCUAAGACCAAAAUUACGUCCAUCACCUGCUCAAUCCCCUAGUGACAACGCCGGAACACAAGCUAACGACAAGGGCUGGCUCAACAAGAAGCUCAAGCCCAAGGUCACCUUUAACGACCUGCCUAGUACGUCAGGCUCGCGUAAUAAGGGAAAAACCAGACGAGGUGUCGCUGACGGAGGACCUGACGAUGACGGGGAUUACGCCACGUUACGCGAAUUACCGCUGAUAACCUCAUUGGAUCCAGCGGACGACUCCAAUUCCGAAGAAAACAAGUGGGAGAGAUGGUUGAUGCCACGUAGGAACGGUAUACCUAAAUUCGGAGACCUGCUCGAGUGCGUGAACGAUGACCAAGUGACGUACUACGCGAGCGCUAAUCGCGAUCUGCAACCCUCGGAGGGUGAUCCCUCACCCCUCUUAACACCAGAUCCACUUCCCGAUCCCGCUUCAGAACCACUUCCGUUGCCACCUCCGACUCCAACUACUGCACCGACCACUGAAGUUGCCACGGCGCUACUAACCACUAACCCCCAGAUGAACGGUGGGCAAACACCACGUUGUUUACGCAGAGCAGAUUCCGGUAUGCCACAUGACGAGUUAACACCACGUUCCGAUUCUUCCAAUUCUCCGCCAUUGGAUGCCGGUGGUACUGGUUCUGUAAUAGGACACAGUAAUACUAGCAGCAACAGCGAGACAUCAUCAAGCGGUGUGCACAGUAAUGCAAGUAACGCAAGCAAUGUCAGUCAAAGUAGUUCAUCUCAACGACGAGCAACAAGCGUGGACGAUUUAACUGGUGAAACGCGGGAAGAACCGCGAGAACAGUGGCGUAGCUGUUCGCUUCAACGUGGAACACAACCACCAACAGCAAAUACAACUUUUUCACCACCCAACAGUCGGCCAGGCACCAGUCAGUCAUUCUCCUCUCCGCAAUAUGCGAAUCACAUACCUCUGUUCAACAACACCGGCAAUAACGAGCUCACAGGUGGCUGUCCAGCUGUCAUCCUUGAGAAUCCGAACGAAGCGACUGUCGUAAUACGUCGUAAAUUGUCAAGAACUAAAUUAACUGAGCCAUUAAAUCCAAACGAAGAACCAUUUGGACGGUCUACCAAUAUGAGAAUGACCUCAUUUACGGAGAGUAAUGAUAUUCGUAUUCAAGCAUCUUCAGCUACCUUACCCCAUUACCCAACACAACCAAUCGUUACUUAUCCACAUUGUUCCACCAUGCCAUUACCACAUGCAUCACACAGUAUGGCUGGCACGAACAUGAGCGGUUCUACAGGGAGCUGUGGAUCCGUGCCAAGACACACCUUUGUACCACCACAGGUUCACGCGACUGUACCAGCUCAUACGACGUUACCGUCACAUCACAACGGUGUAAGGCUGAUACACGGUGGUCCUGGUAAUCCUUUCGUUAAAAGGUUCCCACCUGUUCAACUACAUACUCAGCCUUGGGCUUUGCCAGGUCACCAUACCUUCCCGCAAGCACCACAAAACAACAACAAGUUGUCGGUAACAGCUCAGAUCAGACAACAGAGCGAUCGAGACUCGGCUAACUUUUCAAUGGCUAGUAGCGGAGACUCGGAUACAUGUUUGCCACAUUAAAUGUGACAGAUUCCUCAAUCUGAAAUAUUAUUUUCUAGAGGAACUGGUGGUGCAAUUUCUCGUCGUGUUCUUACUGACACUGCGAUGAUCCUUGCAUGGAUCUAGAUUUUAAUAUGAUUCCCCAAUAAAGGACUCGAAUUUAUGAAACGCUUUGCGUAGAACGCAUUAGAUAUAAAAGCAUCGAUAGGACACUUCUUGUAGACCCAAGGUCGAAGAAGUAACGAUGCGAGGAAAAAUAAAUGAAUAGUCUUCACACAUACUUUCGAGAUGAAUUGACUUUUCAGGAUGACUUAAAACUAUUCUGUGUUCGAUCAACGUUCAUCUAAUCUCGUAAACGUAUCUCUCUGCUAGCAGAUUUUAAUCGUCGUCAUAGAUAGAAAACGCUUGCGAGGAUGGUCUUCGAAAUUAUUGUAUUUUCAGACUCAAUCUUUUGAAUUCAUAAAUAAUGCAGUCAACAUAUCAUGUCAAUCAUUUGCCACUCGCAUCAUUUUUUCUGAAAAAUUGUAUAUGAAAAUUCUUUCCAGAAUUUUUAACUUUCUUGGCGCGGUGGCUAUCAUGA